AUGACUGCCACUCAGGUCAUUGAAAAUGAUGAUGCAGGCCCGGGGGAACCAGUUCUAGGUCUAUCCAGUUCUCCUUCUUCUCAGAGACAAUCCGUUGUUCACUUCGAAUCUUCAUUUGACAGCCAGCCCGAUGCUCAAGGCUCGGGAUCCAGCAAUGCAAUGUCUGAAUUCAAAGACCUUUGCCGAAAGAAUGGCCUGGAAACAUUUUCUAGAACGGAGAACAGUGAUGACGCAACAAUUCUACGAUUCUUGAAAGCGCAACAGUUCGAUGUAAAAGCCUCGUUCGAGCAAUUUCACCACUUCCAAACCUGGCGCAGAGAGAACAACAUCAGGGGAUUCUACAAAAGUCUCGAUGUUGACGUUUAUGAUGAAACGCGGAAGAUGGUGGGUAUUUCAGACUACAUGAAGGCUUCAAGGAGCGGAUUCUUUGCUAACACACUGAAGUAUCCACAAUGGAUUGGGCGAAGGGACCACGAUGGAAGGCCAAUUUAUGUUUUCCAAGUGAGGAAACUCAACAAGAAAAGUCUAGACGGUUACUUGAAGUUCCUCGCGAAAACUCAAAGCCCAGGUCCUCACGCUGAUUCUAAUAUUCCUGUUCACAUACUUCACCUUCAUGCGUUAUACGAGAAUCUCUUACAAUUCGUUUUUCCACUCCUUUCAGAGCUUCCUCAACCGGAUUCCAAACAAACCAUCUCGUCGUCUACCCAUAUUGUUGACAUCAGCAACGUCAGCGUGUUUCAGUUCUGGAAUAUUCGGAAAUACCUCCAAGAGGCCAGCAAGAUUGCAACAGCCCAUUAUCCUGAAACUCUUGGGAAGGUCUUUGUCAUAGGCGCACCUGCCUUCUUCAAGUCGGUAUGGGAAGCGAUAAGCCAAUGGUUUGAUCUCGCAACAAGAUCGAAAAUUUUCGUUCUCUCUGCUUCCGAAACCAAAUCGUUUCUCCUCUCGAAUAUCGCCGCUUCUGACUUGCCAAAGGAAUACGGCGGGGAGCUCGAAUGGAAGUGGCAAGAUCAGCCCAAUUUAGACGAAUCUACGCGCCAUUUGGUCGACGAAGUUUACCACAAGACCGAAAGGGGAGAAGUAUUCUCCAAGGGUCCGUUGUUUUUCCAAAAUGGCUGCAUUCAACUUGUGGGCUCGCUUGGUGGCUUACCCCGGCGCAAUGCAUUCUGUCGACUCAAUACACCGCCACAUGUAGAAUAA